AUGCAUCUCCGCAACAUAGUCAUUGCACUGGCUGCGACUGCAGUGGCAAGCCCGGUGGACCUCCAGGACCGCCAAUUGACUGGUGGGGAUGAGCUGCGGGAUGGCCCUUGCAAGCCCAUUACGUUUAUCUUUGCCCGGGCUUCCACGGAGCCAGGCCUUCUGGGCAUUUCAACGGGCCCUGCGGUCUGCAAUCGGUUGAAGUUGGCUAGAUCAGGCGAUGUUGCCUGCCAGGGUGUCGGACCCAGAUAUACGGCGGAUCUCCCAUCAAAUGCUCUGCCAGAGGGAACAUCCCAAGCUGCCAUUGCAGAGGCACAAGGACUGUUUGAACAAGCUGUUUCCAAGUGCCCCGAUACGCAGAUCGUUGCCGGGGGUUACAGCCAAGGAACAGCUGUCAUGAAUGGGGCUAUUAAGCGCCUUUCCGCAGAUGUGCAGGACAAGAUCAAAGGCGUUGUACUGUUCGGGUACACACGCAACGCUCAAGAGAGAGGCCAGAUUGCCAACUUUCCCAAAGAUAAAGUCAAGGUCUAUUGCGCCGUGGGAGAUCUUGUCUGCCUGGGAACACUGAUUGUGGCACCGCCGCACUUCUCAUACCUUUCUGAUACUGGUGAUGCCAGCGAUUUCCUUCUAUCCCAGCUGGGAUAA